AUGCGACAUUAUCUUAUUUUUAUCGUGUUUAACAUUUUCUGUUCAUCCAUCAAUGCGCAAUCAGAAGAUAGUUCAACAGUAUAUACUAUUGCUCAAAGUGUUACUGAAGAAAAACCAACAUUUGCUACAAUUACUGAAUAUAACACAGCCACUGGUCAAAGCACUGAACAAAAAACAAACGAUCAAGCUAGUAUGAUGUAUACAAUCUUAGACCCAACAACUUCUAUAUCGAACAUUAGCUCGACAACAACUGUUUCAAAUAAACCACAUCUAUUUUCAUAUGUUGAACCGCCACCGCAUCCACUUGGCUAUUGUGUUCUUUCAUUUUUACGUUGUUCAAAAAUUCGUCGUUGCUGCAAAGGACCAUGCGAUGGCAAUUCAUUGAGAUGUCCAUAA